AUGGCUUCUCUUCAAAUGUUCUAUCAGCCCAGAGCUGCUAUGCAUCUCUUGAUUUUGUGCUUAUUUUUGGAGACUGCCUAUGGUCAGGACAUUUGGAGCAAUCCACUUUCACUAGAACUGAUAGUUUCUCCACUGAAAAAGGCAAACGAAUUUACAGUAACACUCCAGGUUAAAAAUAAUGUGGACCAAUGUAUGGCGGUGAAAGUCAGUACUGUGAGCAACCCAAACAUCAAAUACAUUUCUUCUCAUGCCAUUUACACUUCCUGCCUUUGCGAUGUAAACAACUACUUCUGGGACAUUCAAGUCAUUGCCAAUACUGCCUUACAAGGGAAGGCAGAAGUUGUUCCAGCUAAGGACAUAUGUCCUAAUGAUGAAAACAUAUUUCCAGUAACUUCCUACAUAGGGACUGCUACACAAAAAAUCUUUGUAUCAUGA